ACGUUUUGCAGCAAAUUGCUUGUGACCCCAUCAUUUUUGUAUGGUUUGAGAGAGUUGCCAAACCAGAAAGGCACAGCUCUGCUGUCAGUAAAGAGGUCACUCUCAAAGAUUGUAAAGAUCACAUCCAGAAAGUCCAAACCAGAAGUCAUCACAUUCAAGUAUGGAGUCCCCACUGGAGAAGAAUUCAUCAUUACUGAUAUGGACAAGUUCAUCAUUCCUGAUGCAUUCAAUGCAACACGAAUCAUCAAACUGCAGAUAGUGAAGCUCAACCAGGAUGAAGAGUCUGAAGAGACCAGUGAAGCACAAAAGAAUGAACCCCAAAAUGAAACGUCACUCCCUCCAUCAAGUCAUGAGCCAGAAUCUAAACCAGAUUCUGAAGCUAAGCAGGACCCACCACAAGAUUUGCAAUUGACAAAUGAGUCAUCUGAACAGGUUCCAAAUUUUCCGCCUGCAGCCUCCAAGGGCAAUGCACCAGAAGGAAAAGAGCACUCUGGAGAGUCUAUCACUUAGAUUUAUGCAUCUCUACAGUCUUUUUUCAUGCAAUCCACAUCCAUAUCCUCUGUUGUGAUUCCUUUUUUUUUGUGUUCUUAUGUCCCAUUCCAUAAUUACUUUUCUUCAAAUUAUUUCAUAUUUGGAAUUUUAUGAUGCGGUAAGUGAUAAUCGUAAUCAGCAUGUACUAUGAUUGU